AUGAGCACUGGUCCUCCUUCCAUGGCCAGAGCCGCACCCCUUCUCCAUGGUACCGUGGCCAUAAGCACAGCUCCACCUCCCGUCAUAAGGGCUAAAACCGAGCAACAGCAACAAAGGUCCAGCAACCAUCUGCUCGACCCCACGGUCGGAUCCGACGCAUAUCACCAAGGUGGUACCUCCAAUCACGGCCAUCUUGGCGCCACCACCAAUUUUGGCUUCUUUUUGGAACAACUACAACCAUUCCAUCAUUUGCCACCACGUUCAAUGUUUGCUCUCGUGUUCAUCUCAAAUGACACCCUACCCCGUGUGCAGUUGGGCUCCACACGAUUCUCUCCUCCAUAUUCAAGCAAUCAAGCAAACCCCAGCAUUAAAGUAGACCAGCUAGCUCAAAGAAUAGAUGACCAAAAUAUUUCUCCUCAACAUUUUAUACUCGUCAUUUGCCAAAUAGAGAGCACCAUGAUAGAGAUUGGCUAA